AUGUCACUUCACAAGAGGAAUAUGAUCCCGUUCAAUAAGAUAAACGAAUUUCUGCGAAACGGGACGUUAGUCCGAUCCCCUUCCAAUGUCGACUUACACAUCCUGUCAGGAUGGCAAGUGUCAACACUCAAAAGCUACAACAGCGCGGUCAUUAAAUAUUUGAAAUUCUCAGCAACAGCAGGAAAACACACCUUCGUCUUACCGGUCUCGCCAGAGGACAUCGAGAAUUUUUGCUUGUGGGCAGGGAGAAGCCUUUUCUCCCAGGACUCUUCAAAGAUUUCAGUGUGCUCCAUCAAGAAGUAUCUCGCAGGUUUACGAGCAUGGCACGUAUUCCAUAAGGAAAAAUUCCCCGACAUCAACAAGGCCAGGAUCGAUCUGAUGCUAAAGGCAUCAGCCAAAGAAGACGAGUUAGUUGGGAAACGAGCCAAAAAGCUACCUAUGAUGUUAUGGCACAUGACCCAUCUGUGGAAAGAACUCUCCCACGGAUCCGACUUCGACAAAGCGGUACUAGACAUGGCGGUCGUGGCCUUUUGGGGUCUGGCUAGGCUCUCAGAACUGUCUUACGAUUCCGAAUUAGGCACGGUUAACUUCACGUCCUCCAUCUUGAUGUCGGACGUGGUGUUUGACACCGAGAACGUCGGUGUCGCCUCGAUCGCCAUAAGAAACGCAAAGACAGGCGCGCCCGGUAAACCUCAACUGAUCACACUUAGAGAACAAGACCACGUCCUGUGUCCCAUCCUGGCACUAAGACGAAGGCUAUCCUCGAGUUUAGGCACCACGACCACUCUAUUUGGAUACAUGGAGAACGGCGUCCGACAUCAUCUCACUAGGAGAAGGGCGGUAACACGCGUGGAACAAGUUCUUGCUGAAGGAGGUUAUGCCGGCUUGCACGGCCACUCAUUCCGCGUAGGCGGGGCCUCUUUUCGUCUGGCACUAGGAAUGACUACACAGGACUUGUGUUUUUUAGGCAGAUGGAAAUCUGAUUGUUACAAGUUGUAUAUAAGGCCGUAUGAUCCGGAUACCAAGAAGAAAACGCUUAUGUUAUUGUCCAACUUGAAGUUGAACUGGAAACGUAUGGGUUUGUAG